AUGCAAGACUUUAGUGUUUUUAUAAGUGUUUUUGCCUUUUUCUUUAUCUUCUACUAUGGUGCACACAGCGUUACCAUUAACAAAAAUAAGUUUGAUGUCCCUAAUUUGAUAUAA